CCCCCCCCCCAACACACACACACACUCUUGCCUGUGUGUCCCAGUCGUUGUAGCACGUGUGUGUGUGAGAGACCACCACCACUAUGCCUAGCUCCACUAUCAGACGUUCUGUGAAGAACGUGAUGAACAACUACUCCGACGCGGAGAAGAAAGUCCGAGAGUCUACCUCCAACGACCCCUGGGGGCCCUCGUCCUCUCUGAUGUCAGAGGUCGCCGACCUGACCUACAACGUGGUGGCGUUCAGUGAGAUCAUGAGCAUGAUCUGGAGACGCCUCAACGACCACGGGAAGAACUGGAGACACGUCUACAAGGCGCUGACUCUGCUCGACUACCUGAUUAAGACGGGGUCAGAGCGUGUGGCCCUGCAGUGUAAAGAGAACAUCUUUGCCAUCCAGACUCUGAAGGACUUCCAGUACAUCGACAGAGACGGAAAAGACCAGGGGAUCAACGUCAGAGAGAAGAGCAAGCAGCUGGUGGUCCUGCUGAAAGAUGAGGAGAGACUGAAAGGUGAGCGUUGCCAGGCUCUGAAGACGAAGGAGAGGAUGGCCCAGGUCACCACGACGGGGGCGGUGACACCAGGUCAGGGUUUCGGCAGAGGGUCGUCUCAACCCAACCUGUCGACCUCCUACAGCGAGGAGUACGGCAAGUCAGAGGGGUCACCUGCGUCUUACCACGGCUCCACGUCUCCGGUUCCGGGCUCAGAGUUGGAGCAGGCGCGUCCCCAGACUAGCGGAGAGGAGGAGCUACAGCUGCAGUUAGCCCUGGCCAUGAGUAGAGAGGCUUCAGAACAGGAGGAUAGGAUGCGUCGGGGAGAUGACCUGAGACUCCAGAUGGCGCUAGAGGAGAGUCGUAAAGGAAAAGCCCUCGGCGAUACCGGUUCUGGAAAACUAGCCAAGAAGAAGAGAGAGCAGGCCCAGUCCUCUCUGUUGGAUCUGAUGGAUGUUCCAGGGGGGGGUCCGGCCGACCCCUGGGGGGCAGGAGGAGGAGCUGCCGCCGCACCAGACCCCUGGCAGGCCUACGGUGCAGCCCCAAAGCCAGAGGCUCCAGUAGACCCCUGGGGCCCCACGUCCUCCUCUGUUCCCCCCAUGAAGAGCAGUGAUCCCUGGGGAACCAACACUGCUCCUGACCCCUGGGGAUCUGGAGGAACACGACCCAACACCUCCUACGCAGGUGGUUUGGACCUGUUCAGUUCGUCCAACGGUGAUGGUCGCGGUCUCUCCUCCCUGACUAGUGGUACCGAGGACCUGUUUGACCCUCUCCCCAGCAGGAAGACACCAGAGUCCUUCCUGGGUCCUAAUGCAGCAUUGGUCAACCUGGACUCACUGGUUACCAAGCCUCCUCAGCCUGCUCCUAUUGUCAACCCCUUCCUCGCCACCGCAGGAGCAGCCCCUGUAGCCGCCCCCCAGGCCAACCCGUUCCAGAUGGGCCAGCCUAACCCUCCGACCCUAAACCAGAUGAGGGUCAGUCCGAUGCCGGGCCUGAGUCUGGGAGGGGGAGCAGGGUUCAGCAGCUCCAUGGCGGACCCUCUGCCCCUCUCCUCCCUGGGGAUGGUCCCUCUGACGGGCCACAUGGUGCCUGGGGUUGGAGGGAUGGGCGGUAUCCCAAUGUCUCAGCCCCUCUUCAGCUCAGCUCUGCCCCCUACAGCGGGCACACAGCCCCCCGGGACCACCAACCCCUUCCUGUUGUGAGGGACACCUCAACUACAACCCCCCCCCUCAACUACACCCCCCCCCCCCAACCACCCCCUUCAAGACAACACCCCUGGAAUCCUCUCCUGUCUUUCCAGCCCCCUCUCUCCUCUUCCUCUCACCUCUCCUCUUCCUCUCACCUCUCCUCUUCCUCUCACCUCUCCUCUUCCUCUCACCUCUCCUCUUCCUCUCACCUCUCCUCUUCCUCUCACCUCUACUCUUCCUCUCUCUCUUCCUCUCUCUCUCUCUCCCCCCCUCUCUCUCUCUUAGCUCAGAUACUGUGUCCUGUAGACAGUAUCCCUGACUGUUACUGACUGUUUGUAAUGCUAGUUUCUGAUCAUAGAGGAAUCUAACUAACCUUCUACAACCCCAGUGAGCUGUGUGUCUUCCUCUCUCCUCUCUCCUCUCUCCUCUCUCUAGAGAGGAAUCUAACUAACCUUCUACAACCCCAGUGAGCUGUGUGUGAUGACUGACUGUUACUUCACCGUUAGUCCUUAGCUGGAGACGACUCCACUGCCCGGUACACUGUGUUACCCCCCCCCGUUACCGGCCACAACUUGUGAGAUCACUGCUGAGGGACCCUGACCUAAGACCCUGACACACAGCAACGUGUGAAUUUUCACCCCCCCCCCCCCCCCCCCC